UUGUGCUCGUCGACUCGUCGUCUUGUCCGUGCUCACCUCUUCGCUCCUCUCCAUCUCCCCACCGGCCACCGCCAUGCCUUUCGAUUUCCCAUGGCUCAACAAAGCUGCCUCCACCUCGACCCCAAACCCUAGCCUGAGCAAGCCCAACAAUCCAAACCCCUUCCUCCCCAUCCAGACCCACCUCACCUCCUUCCUAUCCUCCCUCCCCCUCCCACGGGCCAUUGCGCCGCCAUGGGCUCGCAUCCCCUCCCCAUCUUCGUCGGCGGCGCUGCCAGUCGCCGAGAUCGAGGACCGGCUCGCCGGGGUGCCCGUGUACGCCCUCGCUAACUCCGCGCAGGAAUUUAUGCUCGUGUCGAAAACCCACAGGGGCGGGGGAGGGGAUGUGGCCGGCGGUGUGGGCGGAAGCGCGAGGCAUCCACCAGCGCUCGGGAUGCUCUGCUUCCGGAGGGAGGACGCCGAUAUGCUCCUCGCACAAAUGGACGACGAUAUGCGCGCUGGCUCCACCGUGGUACCUGUUGCGCUCAACAAGGUUAUCCAACUGAAGUCUGAUGGUGUGGCAUUUAGAUUUCUUCCUGAUCCUUCUCAGGUGGCUAAUGCAAUUAAGUUGAUGCAAGAUGGAGGGGAAUUUUUGAAUGAGGGAUUUCCAGGAGUUCCUGUUUUCCAGUCAAGGAGCCUUGUUCUGAGGAAUGAUAACAAGAGAUAUCGUCCAGUUUUCUUCAGAAAGGAGGACUUAGACAAGUCACUGCACCGAGCAUCUAGUGACCAGCAAAAUCCUAUCCCUGCUGUUAGGAUUGGUGACACACAGGUUUGUUCUUUGGAGGAUAUCAUCACAUCAAUGAAGGAUAGCUCCUCCUCAAAAUGGGAUGAUGCCGUUUUUGUUCCUCCAGGUUUCGACAUAGCUAUUGGCUCAGAGCCAUCACACCUCAACAAGUAGAUAUUUCUGUACAUUGAGGGUGGUCAGCUGGUAUUGUCUUGAAAAUAGUUAAACAUGGAUAUGGUAGAUUGAUAGUAUAUAUGUUCAUGCCCUUGACACCAUGACCUGAUGUGUGACUCAUUUUCAAGGUUGCCAUUCCCUGCGUUAGCAAUACGUUCCGCAAAGUAGACCAGAAGGUGAACAAACCUCAUCGAAAGUAGACCAGAAAGUAAAUCGAUCGUCAUCCCUUGUUUCUUCUAUGCAUAAUAUCGAAAUUCUGUA